AUGGACUUCUCUCCUAUCCCCACGGCGGCGACGAUGCGCAGAGCGAGCGAGCGAGCGAGCGAGCGAGCUAGAGAGAGAGAGAGAGAGUAA